AUGGGGGUGCUUGCUGAUUUCCAUGGGGGGCUUGGCAACCUUACUUUCAGCAGCAAGGAUGUUUCAAACAUGAGGACACACUUGAGAGGAGGUCUCACCUACAGGGAUAUGGAUGCAACAUUAGAGUAUUUUCAAAAGCAACAAGUUGAAAGUCCUUCCUUCUAUUAUGCAACGAUGAUUGAUGAUAAUAAUGUUGUUAGAGGAUUGUUUUGGGUAGAUGGGAGGACUAGAGAGCUGUACAAGAGUUUUGGAGAUUGCAUUUUCUUUGACACAACAUAUUGCACCAACAGAUACGACAUGCCAUUUGCACCAAUUGUUGGGAUAAAUAACCAUUUGCAUAGCAUACUACUUGGAUUUGCAAUGUUGCCAGAUGAGACAACGGAAACAUUUGUUUGGGUGCUAGAAAGGUUGAAGGGAGCGAUGGGUGGGCAUGAACCAACCAACAUAAUGACAGACCGGGAUAAAGCAAUGAAAGCAGCAGUAGCAAUAGUGUUCCCUAAUGCAACACACAGAUGUUGCAAGUGGCAUGUCCUGAGCAAGGUUAAUGAUAAGCUUGCUUGGCUUAUUAGUGAGGAAGAAGACUUUGCAAAGGAGUUUGACUACUGUGUGAACAGGACUGAAACACCAGAAGAAUUCGAGAUGUUGUGGGCAAGCAUAGAGGACAAAUACCACUUGCAGGAAAAUGAAUUCUUUCAAAGUAUGUCUGGUACAAGGAGGAUGUGGGCGCCUGCGUACUUCAGAAAUGACUUCUUCCCCUUCAAAGGCACAACAGGAAGAUCAGAAAGCAUGAAUUCAUUGUUCAAGAAAGUUGUUCACCCUUAG